UUAUAAAAACGGAUCCUGGGCACAUGCUGCUGGCCUGUAAUGCUAGCUCUAACGGAGUAGAGGAAGAUAGAGUGCAAGCUGCAGGCCAGCCUAUGCCUUAAACAUCUGACGAAAUCAUAACAACAAAAAAAAUCAUCUAACGUUGGAGGAAAUGUUGGCUACUAGGGCGCUUAGCCUAAUUGGCAAAAGAGCCAUUUCCACUUCAGUGUGUGUUCGAGCACAUGGGAGUGUUGUGAAGAGUGAAGACUAUUCUCUCCCUAUUUAUGUCGAUCGGCGUGACUAUCCCUUGCCUGAUGUGGCCCAUGUCAGGCUGCUGUCUGCUAGCCAGAAGGCUCUGAAGGAGAAGGAGAAGGCAGACUGGAGCAGUCUGUCCAGGGAUGAGAAAGUCCAAUUGUACCGCAUCCAGUUUAAUGAGAGCUUUGCUGAGAUGAACAGGGGCACCAAUGAAUGGAAGACAGUUGUGGGCCUGGCCAUGUUCUUCAUCGGCUUCACUUCCCUCAUUCUGAUUUGGGAGAAGCGCUAUGUGUAUGGCCCUAUCCCUCAUACCUUUGAUCGUGACUGGGUGGCCAUGCAGACCAAGCGGAUGCUGGACAUGAAGACCAACCCCAUUCUGGGCUUCUCUGCCAAGUGGGACUACAACAAGAAUGAGUGGAAGAAGUGAGACCUGCUGCUUGCCAGCUCCCUCCCCUCACUCGGCAUGCUAGAAGCCGCUGUGUCCAAAGGUCCAUGCUAAUAAAUGACCUGUUUACGUGA